AUGUCAUCGGAAAAAGUGGAAGGGGAUGCCUCUCCGCCCCAAGCAAUACCCGCCGACGUGGGCGAGAUGGGCUAUGGCUGUGAGAUGCGCGAUCAUGGCGCUGAUUCGGGCUUGAUUCGCUCGCUGGAGACGCGCCACUUGCUCUUGUUCUCGGUCGGUUCAUCUAUUGGAAUGGGUCUCUGGCUUGGUUCAGGUACCUCGCUGACCAAUGGUGGUCCUGUUGCCAUCUUCCUUGGAUAUCUGCUCGCUGGUUCCAUCGCUUGGGUGCUCAACCAGGCCGUCGGAGAGCUCGCUGUCUUGUACCCUGUUCCCUCUGCAUUCCCCCAGUGGACCCGCAAGUUUAUUGAUGCGGCGCCUGCUUUCACUGUGGGAUGGGCCUAUUGGUUUUCUGCUGCAAUCACGCUCGCCAACGAACUGCAAGGUAUCGUCACCGUGCUGCGGUUCUGGGACGAUCAGGACAAAGUCCCGACUGCUGCCUGGCUCUCGAUCUUCCUCGUGCUUAUUUUCCUGAUUAACGUCUGCGCUGUCCUCGUCUUUGGUGAAGCUGAAGCCCUCAUGUCAAUUGUGAAGCUUUUCUGGAUCUUUAUCGUCAUCGUCUGCUGUAUUGUCAUCAGCGCUGGGGGUGCGCCCAACCACCAGAAAACCGGGUUUGAAUACUGGAAUUCGAUGCCUUUCACCAAUGGGUUCAAGGGAUUCCUCUCCGUCAUGGGUACCUGUAUCUUUGCUAUGAGUGGCUGUGAGUUGGGAGGUGUUGUUGCGGCCGAGGCCAAGAACCCGCGUAAGGCAGUCCCGAAGGCAGUGAACGCCAUCUGGCUCCGUCUAAGUCUGUUCUAUAUCAUCGGUUCCCUCAUGGUGAGCAUCACAGUCUCCCCCAAGGACCCGAACCUAUUCGGAGGCGAGGGUAUCAAUGCGAGUCCGUUCGUCAUUGCUUUCCGUAACGCCCAGAUCCCCGGUCUUGCCCACGCCAUGAACGCCAUCAUCUUUAUCAGCGUUUUCUCUUGUGGUAACGCUCAAGCUUAUGCUGGAACACGUACUCUCGUUGGCCUUGCUGGUAUUGGUAUGGCACCCAAAAUCUUUGCCAAGUGUGAUAAGCAUGGACGGCCGCCUGCCGCCAUUGCUCUUACGUUCUUAAUCGGCGGUGGCUUGUGCUAUCUUAACGUCAGCAACUCCGGCUCGACCUUCUAUCUUGCUGUCUGGCCUCUCCAUGAAAAGAGCAGCGCUGAAACCUUUUUCGCAAACUAUAUUUCCAUUGUGGCUAUCCUUGUGCUGUAUAUUAUCGCUAAGAUCUACUUCCGAGGCCCCUUGUGGAUCAAGGCCCAGGACAUUGACCUCGACAGCUCCCGCCGCAUCUAUGUGGGAGAUCCUGAAGCCCUAAUCAAGAAGUCCGUUAUUCGCAAGACAGCAGAUUUCUUCACUGGGGACUCCACCAUUUAGGGAGAAGCUAAAGGCACCAGAGUGGAGUUCUUUUGUUUUUGUUUGUUAUGCUUGCUUCAUGUUGUCUUCUGGAAACAAUCAUUCCUGUAAAGGCUGUGGCAUGUAUAGCCAUGGAUCACAUAUAAAGAUCUCUAAAUCACCUCGUAGGUAGCUAACAUUUCUAUUAUUUAAUCCAUGCACAUCUCCUGCCCUUAUUAAGACAUACCUUAUCAACAAUACCCUCAAGCAGGAAGCCCAUUUGUCUCGUUUAGCUGAUUUGAUUCUCCAUCCCGGAGGAACUGGUCUUUAAGAUUGGCUCCGUACAGCAUCUAGUGAGAACGAGAAAGCUUUAGCAAAUCAAUCAACGGAAAGUAAACGGGACCUGAUCCGCAAGAAUUCUGGAAUGCUAGCGUAGUGUGGGCCGGGCCCUUAUGCAUGGAUGCCAUUGUGAGUGGUUGAUUCUGUCCGGAUAAUGACGGGAAUACCAAUCCCGCUUAAGGAUGCAAGCUUGGGCUUUGA